CAGAGACACUACAGAGGGGGAGAGAGAGAGAGACUUGAGAAAGAAAACAGAUAAAAUAGUAGUAGUAAACGAGAGAAGGUAGAGACAACCCACCAGUUGUUGCUGCUCUUUGAAGAGAGAGAGAGAGAGAGAGAGCAGAGAUUUUUAGAGAGAUGGUGACUUCUACUGAGAUGGGAUCUCACAACCAGUGCUGCUUACCUAGCUACUGCCACUACUUCUGCUAUUAACUGCAACAACUUUUUUUCCAUUCAAAUCCUUCACAUUCCCACUUUCUUCUCUCAGUGGGACUUUGAGGGUCAUAUCGACAAUUUACUAGUUCAUCGUGUGCUUUAUUGGGUUUUAUUAGAGAAGCUUGAUGGGUUCCAGAUACCCAUCUCAUCGACUUGGCAAUGGCCUUGUCGUAUCCGGUCGACCUGAGCAGCCAAAAGAAAAGGCUCCAACAAUGAGCUCAGCUGCCAUGCCUUAUACAGGUGGGGAUAUUAAGAAAUCAGGAGAGCUAGGGAAAAUGUUUAUCCCUACGGAAGGCUCUAAGUCUAGGAAAUCUGGGCCAAUAACUGGGCCUCCUUCAAGGACUGGAUCUUUUGCAGGGGCUGCUUCACAUUCAGGGUCAAUGAUGUCAAAUGCUGCUUCUCGUGCUGGCUAUACCACAUCGGGUCCUUUAUCCUCUGGAGGCUUGCCUGGUUCAGCCUCGCUAAAGAAAUCAAGUUCUGGACCACUAAAUAAACACGGGGAACCCAUAAAGAAGUCCUCUGGCCCUCAAUCUGGUGGAGUAACGCGACAAAAUUCUGGAUCUAUUCCAUCAGCCCUGCCAGCAACCGGUCUCAUAACAUCUGGACCUAUUUCUUCAGGACCAUUAAAUUCUUCCGGUGCUCCUCGGAAAGUAUCUGGUCCUCUGGAAUCCACAGGUUCAAUGAAAUUAAAUAGCUCCUCCAUUAGUAACAACCCAGCUGUGACUACUUUAAGUCAGGAUGAUGACUAUUCUGUGAGGAAGAACUUCCCAAAAACUGUAGUAUGGUUGGUGAUACUGAUUUUUGUGAUGGGAUUGCUUGCUGGUGGUUUUAUUCUUGGAGCUGUUCACAAUGCCAUCCUCCUUGUUGUCGUUGUGGUUCUUUUUGUCAUAGUUGCUGCUUUAGUUGUUUGGAAUAUGUGUGGGGGGAGAAGAUAUAUUGUAGAGUUCACCGCUCGAUAUCCUGAUGCUGAUCUCAGAACUGCAAAAAAUGGGCAAUAUGUGAAAGUUUCUGGGGUGGUUACUUGUGGUAAUGUCCCUUUGGAGUCUUCAUUCCAAAGAGUUCCCAGAUGUGUCUAUACAUCUACAAGAUUGUAUGAGUACCGUGCAUGGGGUUCAAAACCUGCCAACCCUAGCCAUCACCACUUUACAUGGGGGUUGAGAUCAUCUGAGAGGCAUGUUGUUGACUUCUACAUCUCUGAUUUCCAAUCUGGUUUGAGAGCAUUGGUUAAGACUGGCAAUGGCACGAGGAUAACCCCUUUUGUUGAUGAUUCAUUGGUUGCUGAUAUUAACCCUGAAAAGAAAGACUUGUCUCCAGAGUUUGUCAGGUGGCUGGGAAAGAAAAAUCUUUCAGGUGAUGAGCGGUUAAUGAGACUGAAAGAAGGGUACAUCAAAGAAGGCAGCACUGUUAGCGUGAUGGGGAUUGUUCAGAGAAAUGACAAUGUGCUUAUGAUAGUCGCACCACCGGAGCCAUUGGCAACUGGAUGGCAAUGGCCUAGAUGCAUCUUUCCAGCUAGCCUUGAUGGUAUUGUUUUGAGAUGUGAAGACACAUCAAAUGAUGAUGUGAUACCUGUGUAGUUAACAGUAUCCAGAUCGAACUUGAUUUCCAAGAUGUGUUUUGUGUUUUUAUUUUUCUUUGUCGAUUUCCCCUCCUACACGGUGUAUAGAUUUCUUUCCAAUUCUUUCAGGACAUCGGCUCUCAGUACUAUAAGAAAAAAAGCCAACCUCCAUUCUUUUUUCUUUUUGUGAUGACCUCCCACUGAUGAUUGAUGUACCGUGAAGUUGAGAUUGAUGUAUUUUUUCUGAUCUUACUAGCAACGAUAUUUAUUACCUUACAA